GCUAGUAUUUCGCACAUUGGCGGAAAUAACCUUAGUGAGACGUUUCUUGUAGCCAUCUACCAGUUUUUGACAUCAACUGGAAGAAAGUUUCCCCCACUCAUCAACGCCAAAUACUUUCAGCUGUGUUAUGUUCGAGGGGUUUCUUGAAUGUCCGUUUCAAAUCACCCCACAGGAUCUCAAGAGGAUUUGGAUCUGGGGUUGACUUGGCUAUUUACUUUUCAGUGAAGUCUUGGUGGAUUUACUGGUAGGUUUUUGUCAUGCACUUCAGCGUCAUUUUUUGAGAGAUGGUAUCACAUGUUCCUCAAGCGCCUUCUGAUGCAAUGUAGAAUUUAUAGUGGAUUAUAUGAUAAUAAACUGGCCAGGUCCUGCUGCAGCAAAGCAUCCCUAAACCAUAACACUUUUAGCUAGAUGUUUAACGGUUGGUAUGAGAUUAUUUUGUUGAAACGCUGUAUUUGAUUUACACCAUAAAUGCCCUCUGUUAUAGUUUCCAAAUAAUUCAAUGUUAGACAUCUGUCUAAAGCACAUUAUUCCAGAAGUCUUGGCCUUUUUCUGUGUUCUUUCAUAAACUUCAGUCUUGCCCUCAUGUUUUUCUUAGAGAGCAAAUGUUUCCUAGUUGCACACCUUCCAUCAAAAUUUAUGUUGUGCAGUCUCUUUCUGAUUGUAGAUUCAUGCACAACUGUAGCAAGAGCUUGCUGUAGGUUCUGUGAUGAUGUUUUAGUGUUUUUGGAGACUUCUUUAAGCAUCUUGCAGUCUGCUUUUGGGGUAAAUUUGCAUGGACGACCUGACCUGACCAUGUUGGCAGUUGUUUUAAAUGUUCUCCAGUUGCAAAUAAUAUUUGGAGCCUUCUUCAAAAUGCUUUGUAACAAUGUUCUAAUAAUUUGCACCUACACUUGUAGUUAAUUUUAUUUAUUUUAAAUAUAAAUAAAUGUGUGGGUGUCCUUUCUUCACUAGAUAUGUAUUUAUUUAUUUUAUUACAUUUUGCAGAUCAUUUAAAAAAACAUUUCUUUGGUUGUAUUUAUUUAGUUAUAUUACUUGAAUAUUUCAAUAUUUUUAAAAUGAAGAUAAAAUGGCCAUUGGUUUAAUAAUAAUUAAAAAAAACAGACUCCUUUGGCAUACUCCACCUCCUGAUCUUCAUUUCCUCUAGAUCGAAACUUUGUGUAUACUUUUAUCUUGGGAUUCCUGAACAACCCAUUGCAAUCUUCUGGUCUUUGAACAAAAAGGCCAGAAUAAGAGUUCAACAGUUCCUUCCUAAUGUAGACAGACAUGUCAUUCAUUGUAAUCAUACCUAAGCUAGCCAUGAAUGCAGCCAACCAAAGCAUAAAACAAUGAAUCUUCUUUUUGAGUCAGUAAAUAUCUAAGAAAUAAUUAUGUUGUUGAAACAAUUGAGUAAAAUGAUGCAGAAAUGUUAUUGUAUUUCUCAAACACAUUCUCCUGUGGUUUUUAUUUUAAUACAGCUUCACCCUGGUUCAAUGACCACUCCCAGGCAACCGUACUUAGGUUUCCACCAGGCUAGCAACCCAAGCAGUUUGUUUUUCAGUUUGCUGCUUUCUACUUUUGUCUUACACAUUUGUCUCUGAUUACAUCUUCAUGAAUGGCUUUAGUGGAAGAGCUUCUCCUGCAACCUACAAGCACUGGCAUAUUGUUUGGACUUGUGAUGAUGUUUCUGCUGAUUGUUUAUCUUUUUUCUUCUGAUGCCAGCUCUCAGGAAAACAAAGAGCCUCCAGGUCCUAAGCCACUGCCUAUCCUGGGAAAUAUUCUGCAGCUGAACCUCAAGAGACCCUACCUGACUCUAUGUGAAAUGUCAAAGAAAUAUGGAUCAGUAUUCACUGUGUAUUUUGGGCCUAAGAAAGUUGUUGUCUUGGCAGGAUAUCAAACUGUCAAACAGGCACUUGUAAAUAAUGCUGAGGAAUUUGGAAACAGGGAUAUCAGUCCCAUUUUCUUUGACAUCAGCAAAGGACAUGGAAUUCUGUUUAGCAAUGGUGAAAACUGGAAAGAAAUGAGAAGAUUUUCCCUCACCACCCUUCGAGACUUUGGGAUGGGCAAAAGAGGAAGUGAAGAGAAAAUCAUAGAAGAAACACACUAUUUAAGAGAAGUGUUGGAAGAAUUUCAGGGGAGACCUUUUGAUACUUCACAGCCAUUAAAUUAUGCCACCUCAAAUGUCAUCUCAGCCAUUGUGUAUGGAAGCAGGUUUCAAUACAGUGACCUUCAAUUCAAAGAAAUGGUUAAGCGGGCUAAUGAGACCAUCAAGCUUAGUGGCUCACCUUCUAUACAGAUUUAUAAUAUGUUUCCGUGGUUUGGAUGCUGGUUAAAGGACUGGAAGCUCAUAAUGAAAAACCGCAAGCAAAAUCUAAAGCAAAUAAAGGAGCUUGUAACAAAUUUGGAGGAGACACUAAAUCUUGAGGAAACCAGAGGCUUGGUUGACUCUUUUCUUAUACGCAAAAAUAAUGCAGAGAAAGCUGGAGAUAAAGACAAAUAUUUUCAUGAAGACAAUCUCAUUAUAACCAUUUCCAAUCUGUUUGCUGCUGGUACUGACACCACUAGCACAACACUACGCUGGUGCCUUCUGUUAAUGGCCAAGUAUCCUAAGAUUCAGGACCAUGUCCAGGAGGAGAUCGACAGAGUCAUUGGAGAUCGUCAGCCAGUGGUGGAGGACAGAAGGAAUUUGCCUUACACAGAUGCAGUGAUCCAUGAAACUCAGAGACUAGCUAACAUAGUACCCAUGAGUAUCCCACAUGCCACUACUUGUGAUAUUACAUUCCAGGGCUUCUUCAUCAAGAAGGUCAAUCAUUCAUUCAUUCAUUCAUUCAUU